AUGAAGGAGAAAAAGGCAGAAGAGAAACUUAAGAAAAAGAAAAGCGAAACGGGUACUUCACAGAAACAAACAGCGAAAGCUCAUGACAAAGUGAAGGAAUUUUAUGGGUCGUUGAAAGCUAGUGGAACAGAGGCGAUCUCUGUGAAACUCCAGGGUGAGUUCAGAGAAUUAUCAUAUGAUGACUUUGGGAAAAUUUUUGGUAUUCCAAAUGCUGGGUCUAGAGUGACCAAAAUCAAAGAUGUGGCUAAGGUAGACCUUCAACCUUUCUCAGGAUCGCUAGAUAUUGAAAGCACUCUUUAUUGGCUAGCAGAGGUCGAGCGAUUCUUUGAGGUCAUGAAUUUUGAGGAUGAACGCAAGGUUUCUAUUGUGGCCUAUAAACUUAAAGGAGGUGCAGUAGCAUGGUGGCAUUUUGUGCAAAACGAACGCCGUCGCCGAAGAAUUGAACCUAUACUGGAUUGGAUCCCAAUGAAACAGAUGAUUGAGCAACGUUUCCUUCCCAGUGAUCACUCUCAAAUUCUGUACAACAGGUAUCAUGACCGUUUUCAAGGAAAUCGAAAAGUUGAUGAGUAUACGGAAGAGUUUUUAAGACUACAGGCUCGUUGUGACAAUUGUGAAACCGAAUCCCAGCAAGUAGCUCAUUAUAUAGAAACAAUUGGUGAAAACUUUCAUGAUGGAUACAAAAUAAAGAUGAUUUGUAGCAACGUUUCCUUUCCCAGUGAUCACUCUCAAAUUCUGUACAACAGUAUUCAUGGACCGUUUCAAGGAAAUCGAAAAGUUGAUGAAGUAGACGGAAGAGUUUUUAAGGAAGAGUUUUUAAGACUACAGGCUCGUUGUGACAAUUGUGAAACCGAAUCCCAGCAAGUAGCUCAUUACCAGAGGGGAUUGAACCAUGAUAUCAUGUGUACGAUGGGUGUAACUGUGAUUUUCACAUUGGCAGACGCAAUCGAGAUGGCCAAACAUGCAGAGGAUCGAAUUAACUGGCAGCCUAGACAACCGUCUAAUCGUAAUCAGAAUUUUAGAAAGCAAGGGCAUACCUCUAAUGUAUGUCCAGAGCGUAGGAGGGCUAAUGACGGGCAUCGACAAGUUAAUGUAUUUGAUGAGGUGACUGAAGUUGAAGAAUUGGAAGAUGAAGAAGAUGGGUUCUUGGUAGGUUCAGAAGAUGGUGAAGUUACAUAUGUGAUUAAAAAGAUUUUUUACUCUCCAAAACAAGAAAGUGACACUCAAUGGAGAAAAAUCUUCCAAGCUAAAUGUCGAAUUGGUGAAGCAGUGUGCCGACUUAUCAUUGAUAAUUGCAGUUGUGAAAACUUGAUAGCCAAACAAUUGGUUGAAAAGCUUAGUUUACUAACAGAACCACAUCCUUUGUCGUACAAGGUAGGGUGGAUUAAGGAGGGUCCUAUGAUUGAGUUUGAUGUAGAUGCUUUGCAUAAGGGUGGAGAGAAUUCAUACAUGUUCACUUGGAAAAAAAAGAAAAUCAUUGUCCUACCUUCUAGAUCUUCUGCCAAAGCUUGUAAAGUGGAGGGAAAAUCCAUAGUAGCUAUUUCUUCCAAUGUGCAGGAAUUAUCUGGUGUAAUUGAGAAGUCCGGAGUUGAAGAACCAUCUACACUCCCACCUUUACGAGAUAUUCAACAUCAAAUCAAUUUCAUCCCUGGAUCGAAGAUUCCAAAUCUACCUCAUUAUAAGAUGAGUCCAAAGGAAAGCCAGAUCCUUCAAGAACAGGUAGAAGAGUUAUUGAAGAAAGGACAUAUCCGGGAAAGUAUCAGUCCUUGUGGGGUUCCUACUUUGUUAGUACUAAAAAAAGAUGGGACUUGGAGGAUGUGUGUUGAUAGUCGAGCAGUCAACAAGAUCACGGUGCAAUAUCGAUUCCCUAUUCCUCGUCUGGAGGACAUGUUGGACCAACUGUCAGGAUCUAUAAUGUUCUCCAAAGCUACCCUCAUAUAA